AUGGAAAUUGUGGAAGACUAUCAAGAUAGUGUUGACAAUGAUAAAAAUAAUGUUAUUCGUGAAUUCGUAGGAAAGUUUCAGUUACUUGUUCCUUCAGGAAUAUUUAGUUUUAGUUACUACAAUGGAUCAACUAUACCAAUGAGCGAGAAAGACAAGAAGUUUGAACACAUAUUUCUAGAAACUGUUGGUAUUUUAUGUUGCAUACUUGGAUCAACAGCAAUAAUUUUAGAGACUGGAUUUAGAUUGAAAACAACUAUACAUGCAACUACAGGUCACAUAUUUUUGGAAUUUUCGUAA